UGAGACGGGCUGAGAGCGGUUGGGUCCUGGCCGCGGGCGCUGAGCCGAGCGGGCGGCGGUGAUGGCUGACGAGAUCCGCAAGGCGCAGGCCGCCCGGCCCGGCGGGGACACCAUCUUCGGGAAGAUCAUCCGCAAGGAGAUCCCGGCCAAGAUCAUCUUCGAGGACGAGCAGUGCCUUGCAUUCCAUGAUAUUUCACCCCAAGCUCCAACACAUUUCCUAGUGGUUCCUAAGAAGCCAAUUGCCCAAUUAUCUGAAGCAGAAGAUUCAGAUGAAUCUCUUCUUGGGCAUUUAGUGAUUGUUGGCAAGAAGUGUGCUGCUGAUUUGGGCCUGACCAAGGGAUUUCGAAUGGUUCUGAAUGAAGGCCCAGAUGGUGGACAGUCUGUCUAUCACGUACAUCUACACGUUCUUGGUGGACGUCAGUUGGGCUGGCCUCCAGGUUAAGUUGCAGCAAGAAUCACCAGUCUGUGUGGAAAUGAUCGCUGCACAGAUUUAAUACAUUGCCCAAGAAUCCAAAUAUACUGUUAACAAGUUCAGUCACGCUUUCUGUAUAGGGCAAUAAAAGUUUUCAGCAGUGCUCACAUAAUAAAGUUAUAACAGGUAGCACCAUC